GUGUGUACUGCUUUCACUGCAGACUGCGACUCCGCCCUGUAGCUUCCUCGGGCUUCCAGUCGAGCGCAUCUCCUCAUCUCGCAUAUCGUUGAGGCAGCCAAUAUCAACAGCAGAUCAUGGCCCAACCACAACCAAACCUUCAACGGCGCCGGAGCAUGUCGGACUUCCUCAGGCUUCAAACCCAUCGCGAUGCUCAGGCUGGCCGCAAUGGCAUACCUGGCAUCAUCCUCGAUGGCGUGUUGGCUCAUGUGCGCAACAAUGCUGCAUACCGGUUAAAGGUGAAGGAGUUCGCGGAGGGGCUCCCCAAGCUGACGGAACGAGACCUUGUUGAGCUUGACGAGGUCGCCUCGCCGUGCCCGAUUUGUCUCACGCCGUUCUCCGCGAUACUGGCGGAAGAGGAGACGGCUCUCGCACUUGACUCGCCGGCACAUCCUGUGGAGCAGCUCGGCGUGACACGCUUCAAGGAUACGUGUGGACACAUUUUCUGCCGCAAGGACACUCUUAGUUGGGUGAACCAAGGCCGCACGACCUGUCCCACAUGCCGGCGCCCAUUUAUCGACGCGCCUAUCCCUGCUGAGGCCGUUACCGACGGAGGGUCCACAGAUGUACAACUCUCCGACAUACCGCUGGCCUCCCUGAAUAUUAACUUCGCAAACCUCGCAAACCUCAUCAUGGGAGUGUACGACCACGCGAGCGACAACGAUAUAGCGACCUUCGCCGCAAUCGCACAGGGAGCACAGAGACGAGACGAAGACCGCGAUCGUAAUGAGGAUGAGCAUCUUGACCGCGACGACGAUGACCGUGAUCAUUUCUCUGGGAUGUAUUCUUAGAUUGGGAUAGACUGCAUGGACCGUCCGAUGUAUAUUAUUUGUACACUAUACCAGUAUCCGAGUCAUCAUUGGCAUGCUGCCAGUGCCAGGUGCUGUAUCCUUGACGCCGACUCAGUGGGACUCCCUGAUCUGGGC